AUCAGACCUUAGUAGCUAAUAGACCAGAGAAUUGGCCUGCUGGAAUAUAAUAAGAGGUCUGAAUAGACGAUUCUACAUUCACAUUUGUCUAUCAUCUCACAAGCAUCAAUGUUCAAAAAGAUAUGUAUUUGCUUUGGAAUUCUUGCAAUACUAGCAGGAUGCUUGGCUGACACUCAAAAAACACCAGAUAAAGGUGAUCUGAAAACUUCUGAGUGGUUCUGGGGAUGGCCCUGGAGUUGGGGAGGGCCCUGGAGUUGGGGAGGGCCCUGGGCAUGGAACAGGGGUUUCUGGAGUCGGUUUUGGGGGAGACCGUGGACUUGGCCGGAGACCUCAAAAUCGCACGGCAAGGCUGGCCAACCUUGCUCAGGCCAUCGGCCCUAUGGCAAUGAAACCAACUCUAGCGGAAAGGUUGACAACUAGACGCAAUUGGUGGAAUCAAACUAUUUUCCAAUAAUAAUCCACUGAACCUUGACAGGAUUUCCGAAUAAGACAUGUUGAUGCAUUCAUCAUUAUAUUGAACUAGUUUGGUGACGCAACAGCAACGAAAUAUUGAUGCAGGAGGAAAGACGAACAGUAAUUUCUGCGUCGCUUAUUGCGUUGCUGCAAUUCCUUACGGAUUAAUUUCUCAAUAUUUUCUAGUAGCAAGGUCAAGGAAGCCUAUUUUGCCAACUAAAUAGAACGUAGUGGCAGAUAAUUCAAAUAUUUCUCAAUUUCCAAACCUGUUAACUCUAUUCUUCAAUAUACUGCAAUUAUUACAUUACAAUAAUAAUCUUGUUACCAGUAUUGUACCGGUAUAAACUUAAUGAAACUAGUGGAGUGCCUUUUAUCACAUUUGG